AUGUCUGGACAGAGAGCGAGACAGCUCAUCACCGCUACUUAUGCGCAGUAUGCAAACAAUGCUAGUGCCAUCCAGCAACUACAGGGUGACGCAGCUUUGCCGUUGACGGACCUUGCCAACAAACUUGCCGAUCUCACGGGCAAAUCAGCCCAGAUCUUUGGUGCUGACGAUAAGGCCAAGUCGGCUACGACAGAAUGGCUCGAGAAACUCGACAAGUCCGAUGAAAAGCAGCUUGUCUCUGCCGAGGGUCUCAAGUCGCUCAAUGAGCAGCUUGACAGUGUCACCUACGUCGCUUCUAACGAGCCAACCGUGGCCGACCUUGCGCUUUUUGCUUGCAUCUACCCUGCUGUUUCAAAGCUCGAGCCAGCCGAACAGCAUAAAAACCCCUCGGUCGCUCGCUACAUCUCGCACCUUUCCAAUUUGUCGUCUGUGGCCAAAGCCGCCAACGCCGCUCAACUUGGCUUUGCCUCCUUUGAGCCGACCUACGAGGGCAUGCCCACCAUCGAGCGUGCCAAGCCCGAAGACCUCAAGAAGGCCAAGAAAGCCAGCAAGGAGGCUGUUGCUGCUACUGCAGGCUUCUCCAAGAAGGAGGUCUCAGAGCAGCAGCCCGUGAAGGAGAAGAAGGAGAAGAAGGAAAAGGCACCUAAGGAGGCCAAGGCUGGAGCUGGAGGUGGUGGAGGCAAAAAGGGCGGCGCGGCUGCCGCUGCCGCUGACACCACUGGACCUCUCCCUUCUCAAGUUGAUCUUCGAGUAGGCAAGAUCGUCUCGAUCGAGAGGCACCCAGAUGCCGACGCGCUCUAUCUCGAGAAGGUCGACUUUGGCGAAGCCGACGGACCGCGCACCAUCCUCAGCGGUCUGGUCAACUUUGUCCCCAUCGAAAAGAUGCAGAACCGUAUGGUCAUCGGCGUCUGCAACCUCAAGCCCGCAUCGAUGCGCGGUAUCAAGUCGUACGGUAUGCUUCUUUGCGCCACACACAAGGAUGGCAAGGACGGAGGUGUCGAGCCUGUUUACCCCCCCGAGGGAAGCCAGCCAGGCGACAAGGUUUGGGUCGAGGGUUUCGAGGGUCGAGAGCCUGAAGCUGUGCUCAACCCCAAGAAGAAGAUCUUUGAAACCAUUCAGCCAGGAUACACUACGACCGAGGACAAGCAGUGCGCUUGGGUCGGUGCUCUCCCCGACGCAGUGGAUCCGGAGGCAGACAAGAAACCUCGUCUGCUCAGAACCGAAAAGGGCGUUCUGACUUCCGACUUUGUCGGCGCCUCGUUGUCGUAG